UUACGUCGCGCGGUCUCUGUCAAGUGGAUAGAGUAGGUAGAGGUGUGUAUGUUGUCAUUGUUGUUGCGCGAUCGUUCGAAGACGGUCCGAGAAUGCAGCAGCAAGCGUUUCCUCGUUACGUUCUCCUCCUGUCGCUGUUCGUCGCGUUCGCGAACUGUGACUUACGCAACAACGAGAUUGACAGAUGUCAUCUGGAUGACAGCGUGAGACGAGCGAUCCGCUCGCACAAGGAUGUCGUCGAUAGGAUCGUGAGUGCGACGAUCGAUGGACCGUUCAAAGGUUCGACGUACAAUAAUCUGAGUCUUCUCGUCGAUAAAUUCGGUAGCAGAUACACGGGAAGUCAGAAUUUGAACGAUGCCAUCGAUUACAUGAUCGAUCUGGGACGCAAACAAAACUUGGAGAGUUACGGUGAAGAGUUUCUCGCUCCCUAUUGGAUAAGAGGUAACGAAUCCGCUUCGUUGAUAAAACCGGUGAGACUUGAUCUUCCGAUGCUGGGUCUCGGUUCGAGCGUUUCCACGCCAACGGAAGGAAUCGUUGCCGAGGCAAUUGUCGUUUCUUCUUUCGAAGAAUUAGAUGCCAUAGGACCUCUGGCGAAAGGAAAAAUUGUCGUCUUCAAUCAGGAUUUCGUCAGUUAUCCUGCAACAGCGAAAUACAGGAGUUCGUCUGCCGAUCACGCUUCCGCCCACGGAGCCGUCGCCACCUUGAUCCGAUCCAUAACACCGUUCUCGAUGCGAACCCCGCACACCGGAUCCCAAUUCUAUUCGGGCAAGUACAAGAAAAUCCCAACCGCUAGCAUCACCGUCGAAGACGCGAAAAUGCUGGACAGGAGGUACAAGAGAGGAGAGAAACUGAUCAUCCAUGUGAAGAUGGAAUCGAAGAGUUUAACAACGACAACGAGGAAUACUCUGAUGAAUUUGAAAGGUCACACGUAUCCGGAGAAGCUUGUGAUGAUUUCCGGUCAUCUGGAUUGCUGGGAUGUAACUGUCGGCGCUAUGGACGAUGGAGCCGCCGCUGUUAUGAGUUGGAACGCUCUGGCUAUAUUGAAUGCGCUGAAUUUACGACCGAAGAGGACUUUGAGGGCUGUUCUGUGGUCUGGGGAAGAGCAGGGUUUGAUUGGAGCGAGGGCGUAUGCGAACAGUCACAGAGAGGAUGAUUUGACGUUCGUUAUGGAGUCGGAUGAGGGGACUUUCGAACCUAUAGGUUUAGAGUAUAAAGGGCCGGAUACGGGGGCUUGCAUCCUUCAGGAAAUAUUGUCAUUGUUUGAAGAGCUGAAUGCUACGAAAUUGGUUAGAUCCAAUGACGUUGGAUCUGAUAUUGCUGUGUUAACUUCGCGCGGCAUUCCCGGCGCCAGUUUGUACAACAAGAACGAAAGAUACUUUUGGUAUCAUCACACGAAUGCAGAUACCUUGGAUAUCGAGGAUCCGGAUGUUUUGGAUAAGAACACAGCUUUGUGGGCGUCCGUUGGAUACAUCAUCGCAAAUCUUAAUGUCGAUAUGCCUAAAAAAUAAAAAAUUUCAUAUAGAAAAAUUUAGUUUAAGAAGUGAAACGAUUG